AUGGCAUUCCCAAAUGAGGCAUUGCUAGCAUUUCUUCACAGGGAAUCUGGAUCUGCACAACUACCUGUUACUGUCCCUGACACCAUCACCACCUGGGAGACAGAGGCCUUUUGUCUGUCCUCCAAGGGUUUUGGUCUGGCUGCCCCAGCCGAACUCAUCGUCUUUCAGCCUUUCUUCCUGGAGCUCUCCCUUCCUUACUCCAUAAUCCGAGGAGAACUCUUUGAGCUUAAGGCCACUGUCUUCAACUAUCUGUCAAAGAGCAUUAUGGUUAAAGUAACUCCAGCCCCUUCCUCAGACUACACUCUAAAACCCUCCUCAGAUGGCCAGUAUUCUUCUUGUCUGCGUGCAAACGGUAGGAAGACCUUCAGAUGGACUCUGAUACCCUCUGUGCUGGGGGUCCUGAAUGUGACUGUAAGUGCAGAGGCAGAAGCAUCUCAGUCUCUGUGUGACAAUGAGAUUGUGACUGUACCAGACAGAGGCCGCAUUGACACAGUUACACGAACACUGCUGGUAAAGGCUGAAGGAACUGAGAGGACAGAGACCCACAGCUGGUUGCUUUGUCCCCAAGGUUCUGAUGGAAGAGGUGGAGCUAACACUUCCUGA